ACGUGAACGCAGCAGGUGAAGCUCCACCUCCUUCGCAUCUCGAGGUUCUCGUGGAAUAAGCUUUAUGGCCGUUAGACUGUAAGAGAGACAGACAGCAGCCAUAUCAAUUUUGACUCAAUAUUCGGGUAAAGAAUGGACAGCGUAUUUUCGACAGCGGGGGACGGUACACUGGACCAGGCUGUCAACGAAUGGCUGCGCUAUGACAAGAAUCCAAAGACGGUGUCUCUGGUGGAGAAGCUUCUUAAAGACGGUGCAGUCGAGACGCUGAAGAAAUGUUUUUCAUCCAGGAUGGAGUUUGGUACAGCAGGUCUGAGGGCAGCCAUGGGCCCGGGCAUAUCCUGCAUGAAUGACCUCACUGUUAUCCAGACCACACAGGGUUUCUGUCGCUACCUGGAGGACAGUUUUCAGAACCUCAAGGAGCGAGGAGUGGUGAUUGGCUACGAUGCCCGAGCCCAUGAUCCCAGCGGGGGCAGCAGCAAGCAAUUUGCCAAACUGGCAGCAGCCGUCUUCACCAGCCGAGGGGUACCCGUUCACCUCUUCUCCGAUAUCACACCGACUCCUUUUGUGCCUUUCACAGUAUCACACCUGGGUCUGUGUGCUGGUAUCAUGGUGACUGCCUCUCACAACCCCAAACAAGACAAUGGUUACAAGGUAUACUGGGAGAAUGGUGCCCAGAUAGUGUCCCCUCACGACAAAGGCAUCUCCAAGGCCAUCGAGGAGAAUCUGGAGCCUUGGUCGGAAUCUUGGGACACAGAGCGGGCACUGACGAGCCCUCUGCUUAAAGACCCCUACCAGGAAAUCCACACACAUUACUUCAAAGCCAUCCAGAAACACUGUCAUCACAGGGACUUAAACAAGAGUUCAAAUGUGAAAAUUGUGCAUACGUCCGUGCACGGUGUUGGCCACGCAUUUGUGCAGUCAGCUUUCAAGGUCUUCGACCUUCACCCUCCGUAUGCCGUGGCGGAACAGAAAGAUCCAGAUCCAGACUUCCCUACGGUCUUAUACCCCAAUCCUGAGGAAGGAGAGGGAGUCCUGACACUCUCGUUUGCUCUGGCUCAGGCAGAGGGGGCCACUGUGGUGUUGGCUAAUGACCCAGAUGCUGAUCGACUAGCUGCUGCUGAGCGGCAGAACAGUGGACAGUGGCAUGUGUUCAGCGGUAAUGAACUGGGAGCCUUGCUGGGCUGGUGGAUGUUCCACUGCUGGAAAGAGCAGAAGCCAGACGCUUCUGCUGUUAAAAACGUCUACAUGUUAGCCAGCACUGUCUCAUCCAAGAUCCUGCGUGCCAUUGCCCUCAAGGAAGGCUUUCACUUUGAGGAAACACUGACAGGGUUCAAAUGGAUGGGGAACAGAGCCAGAUACCUUUUGGAUGGGGGCAAGACUGUUCUAUUCGCCUUUGAGGAGGCCAUAGGCUACAUGUGCAGUCCGUCAGUGUUGGACAAAGAUGGGGUUAGCGCUGCUGCAAUAGCAGGAGAGAUGGUUUCUUACCUGGCUGCUAAACACAAGACUCUUUCUCAGCAACUCACAACCAUCUACGAAGAGUACGGCUACCACCUCAGUAAGAACUCCUACUUCAUCUGCCACGACCAGAAAGUGAUUCGCAGCCUGUUCGAGGGCCUGCGUAACUACAACGGUAGCAAGAACUCGUACCCGAGCAAAUGUGGUCCCUUCUCCAUCACUGCUGUCCGCGACUUGACCACUGGCUACGACAGCAACCAGCCCGAUAACAAGGCUAUUCUUCCCACUUCUCGAUCCAGUCAGAUGAUCACUUUCACCUUCUCCAACGGGGGUGUAGCCACCAUGAGAACCAGCGGCACCGAGCCCAAAAUUAAAUACUACACUGAGCUCUGUGCAGCCCCUGGUAACAGUGAUGUGGAUCAUCUGAAAAAGGAACUGGACCAGUUGGUGGAUGCCAUCAUUGAAAACUUCUUUGAGCCCCAAAAAAACAAACUGCAGCCAAAGCCAGAGUAGAAGUGGUAUAUUAUGAUAUGUCAUUUUUGAAAUGUACUGUAAAUGAUAUGCCUUUUAUUAGAGAUGACAUAUAUUUGCAACGAGGACAUCAAUGAGUGGAAUGUCAUAUAAGGAAUGUUAUGGUGGACAGAUUAUUUUUAGCAUUCUUAUGAGUCUUUCUUUUCAAAAUGUGAAGCGAUAUUUUUCUGUCAUGACAUCACGUGUGUUUUCACCUUAGCUUGAUGCCCUUUAACGUGAACACAAAUUCAUUCCUGCGGAAAAGUCAUUCCUGCUUUCUGUGAGUAGUUGUACUGUACAUACACACAUUGUUGUACGUGCAUCUGUAUUCCAUCCAAGCUGCAAUGCUUGAGACUAUACCUAUAAACUGGUGAGAAAGUCCUAAA